CCUCUCGACUUGGAUCGGUGCCAGUCUGCGCUGGACCGUCGGCGUGUGCGCACGUCGCUUAACGAAACGACGUCAUCGCAACGCGAUCGCGAAAAUAGUGUCGUGCCCGUUAUACAGUGUUUCAACACCGUUCAGUGAUUUGUUUAUUUUCACAUUAAUAUCGGAGUCACGGUGCUCGGCGAACGAAUACGAAGAUAUCGACACGUUUUUCGAUGCGGCCCACAGAGAUAUUUAAUUUGUGACGUCAUAAGGGUUUUAGGACAAUGUGAUGAAGCCAUCUUUCCCUCCGAUACGUGAUUGUCCACCAUUUUUAAUUGGUUUCUGAUAAAUACUAUAAGAUAAAGAUGGCGUUAUUGUGGUGUAUAUUGACAUGCUUGUCGGCCGCUGCGUAUGCGCAGUCGAACUAUGACUCUCAGGCGAACAAUAUUGAGUAUCAGGGUGAGGGGCUGCCGGAGCAGACAGUUCUGGAUGGGAAGGUGACUAAACUCGAUGACUUGAGUCCCGUUAUCUUCUUAAAUAGGACCAGAGCGACGCUCAACUGUUCAGCGGGUUCAAUGCAGAUCGAAUUAAAGUUCAACGAAAAAUUCUACGGCAUCGCGUAUGCCGAAUUCGAUAGACACUCAGCGUGUCAGGUCGCAGGCAAGGGAGCGACCUCUUACAAGCUAGAGGUGCCACUCAAAGGAUGUGGGACCAAUCAGGAUCCUCUCCGCGUGUUCACAAACAACAUUGUUGUGCGCUACCACCCGGGCUUGGAGAUGGACGGUGACGAGGUCAUCACCAUUGUCUGUCGCUAUCCGCCGCCCGUUGUAGCAAAGGCUAUACCUUACGUUUCUAUUCCUGAGCCAGUUCCGCCGCCAGGUAUAGCGCCUUUGGCGGGCACUCACAUUCUGAUGAUCAUCUGCGCGAUCCUAUUCCUAACGCUGCUGCUCUUGGGGCUUGGCGUUUCCUACCUGUGUCUACGGCGACGCGCGUUGCCGGUUCCGAGGAGGCUGAUUGAUGACUCCUCCGCAUCUAUAGUUAGCAGAGAGAGUAUACAAGAAGUAAAAAUACCUCGAGCACACCCUGUAUACCCAGUGGCGGCGGAGAGUGCUAGUGUAGCGUCUGAUACGAUUCCUUCUGACUACCCAUCGGAGACGCCAAGCGAGGCGGAGGCUCACACCAACCAGGCAUUCAUGAUGGACGAGUCAUAUCAGAGUGAAGGGUACGGUGAGAUGCACGAGACGAGCGCAUCUAACGGCCGCUAUUCGCACGCAGCGCACGUUCACGCGGGACAUUCCGGCGCUGUGCCGCCUGCCUUCGACGUGCGCGUCAGGGUGCAGCGGCCGCCCGCACCGCCCUCGCCACCGUCCACCAUCACAGCCACCGAGGAAGUUGAUGGUGGAAGUAUUAGAGAUGUAAUGUUUGAAGAGCAUGAACGCCAAGAGUCUGUGCGCACGGUGUCGCCGGGCGCGCUGCCAUUGCCGGCCCGCGCCGCACAUGCCGCGCCCCCCGCCCGCCCGCCGCGACACCCCGCACUAUACUCACAGGUCAACCGCGAACGACAGGAAUGGGUUCGUCGGCCGCGAUCCAUCGUCUCUCUCAAUACUGAGAUGACCGACACGCACUCUGUCACCGAGGUCACCGAUGCGACACAUGCAAGGAUGUUCCACAUCAAGAAACCUCCUCCACCACCACCCAUGAUGACAGAACGUUUGGAGACAGAGGAACAGGAACUGACCAUGGAAAGCCUGGAACCUAUACCGGAUGCCCCAAUGAUACCUGCAAGGAAGCCAGAAAUAACAUCUCACGUAGUAGAUGACGUGUUCCUUCGCACUAUCACUGAGAAGAAGACCAUAGAAGACAUCGAGCGACACAAACGUUUGGUGACAGAGUACCGACAGGUGCCGGCGCCACCGCCACAGUUCGAUGUCACCAUAAGGAACCACACGCUGCCUGAGGCACAGUGGGAAAACUUCUCGGAUAUCAGCAGCGCGUCAGGAAUGACUUUGACACCCAAGAUGGAAAGAGUUCCACUGUCUUUGCCACCUCAGAAGUUUAUUGGUAAAGGUGGUCCAGAUCUGUUCUCUCCCGAGCUGAUCAAGCAAACCGGAAAAGUAUACCAGCCGUCAUCUCCCGACCUUCCCCUGUUGCCGGAGCUUCCACCGGCUCGUAAUCCACUGUACAGAGAAGAAGAUGAUGAAGACGUGCCAGACCCCACUCCGGCGCCACCUGUGCCUUCUAACUGGACUGUUCUCACCAGGGUAUUGAAGACAGAAGCUCAAGAUGAGGUACUAGCAGAAUCUGAGCGGUCUUAUCGGCUGACCCGCGAGGAGCGUCUUCGUUGGCGUGAGUUGAUCACACAUGAGAGCACGCUGCGGCGGGAGUUGGCCAGGUCCUCCACUCGCGAGGACUUCUCCCGAGUGGCACACGACCACCGCUUCGCGCCGCUCUACACGCCCCCCAAGUGGGAAGUCAUCAUACGAAUCCUGUCUCCACCACAGGAUAAACCUAAGAACCGUUACCGCAAGAAGACCGAGUGGGAUUCGCGGUCGCGGCGCAGCUCUCUGCCGACGCUGUACGAGUACGACAGCGACGCGACAUCACUCCGGGAGCCGCAGCGCUCACGUCGCUCCUCAUACCGCAGCGACCACGUCGAUAUGAGGUCGAUGUCCGAGAUGAUGGUGGACUACGCGCGGGAGCAGGCAGACACACAGUCAGAGGUAUCUGCAGGCACGCUGCUGGGCAGAUACUAUGACGACGACAGCGACAAUGAACAACCCUUCAACAAUCAUCAAUCUUGGUCCCGGCACUCGCUAAACCGGUCUGUAAGCCAGCCGUCGCUGGCGCGCUCCAACACUGAGGUGGUGGAGCAAUGGACGGCGCCUGAUGGCGAUGUCACCCCCACACCUGGCCGCCGGAUUAGAGGUGCUCAAGGAUUGACAACAUUCACUUCAUCAGAGGUCCGAACAUUCCAGGCGUCAAGAGAAUGGCGCGAAUAAGCCUACAAACAAGUCUUGCUGCCAAUAACGCAUAAAAAUACAAUAAGUUUUAAU